AUGGGUAGAGCUUUGGCCAAGGAUCCUAGUGAUGCAUCACAGGAUGAUCUUUCGUAUCAUGCCGAUGGACAUGCUACAUCGGAAAUAUUGGAAGGCUCUGCAGGGGAAGCGAACGGAGAAGCAUUCGACCAUGUUCCAUCAUCUAAAAGGACCAUUGGUCUUUGGUCUGCAAUAUUCCUCAUCUUUAAUCGCAUUAUCGGUACAGGCAUUUUCGCUACCCCAUCUUCCAUUCUCGAGACCAGUGGAUCUGUCGGUCUCUCGCUAUUUAUGUGGCUCAUCGGCGCACUUAUUGCCACGUCGGGUCUCCUUGUCUACGUCGAAUGGGGUACUGGACUUCCUCGAAGUGGAGGCGAGCUCACAUACCUCAGCUACACCUAUCCUAUGACCAUUGUCGCCUGUUAUGCCGCGUACGCUGCGCUCAUGCCAUGGCCAGCGGGAAACUCUGUCGUUUUCGGAGAAUAUAUUCUUCUGGCCGCAGGCAAGGAUGUCACACAAUGGAACCAGCGCGCCAUCGGAAUUGGCUGUGUAACGUUCGCCUUCAUCAUGCACUCGUGUUUCUUGAAGUGGGGAAUACGGCUGCAGAACGCCCUCGGAGUCUUCAAGCUCGUCAUCCUUGCAUUAAUUGUAUUCUCUGGCUUCGCGGCACUGGCAGGGCGAGUGAAGGUAGACCCUAAGCCGGACAAUUUCGCUCGUGCGAACGUGUGGGAUGGGACAAGAAGCGACGCGAAUGCGUUUGUUAGCGGGCUGUAUAACGUUAUUUGGUCUUUCAUCGGAUACUCGAACGUGAACUAUUCGCUUUCGGAGGUCAAGAACCCAGUUCGGACCCUCAAGAUCGCCGGACCAAUUGCUAUGGCAUCUAUCACCGUCGUCUACAUGCUCGUCAACGUCGCAUACUUUGCCGCCGUCUCGAAGACAGAUAUUCUGAACUCAGGUAGAACUGUUGCCGCCCUGUAUUUCCGCAAUAUGUUCGGGGCAAAAGCAGAGAAGGCCCUCAGUGUCUUCGUGGCACUGAGCGCUCUUGGAAAUGUUUUGUCUGUUUUGUUUUCUCUGGGCAGAAUCAAUCAAGAACUCGGCCGAAGAGGGAUCAUUCCAUUCCCGCGGUUCUUCGCUUCCAGUAAACCGUUCAACUCCCCGUCAGCAGGAUUGGCCCUCCAGUGGCUGAUGUGUAUCAUUGUCAUUGUCGCACCGCCACCAGGCGACGCCUUUAACUUCGUAUUGAACCUGGUAUCAUACCCCUUCGCCAUUGUAAACGCGUUUAUUUCGUUCAGUCUGCUGUACCUCUACACCCCAUGGUCAAGAAAGAAGUACGACUGGUCACCACCUUUCCGUGCGACGUGGCCAGUCGUACUGUUUUUCUUCCUCUCCAACGUCUUCCUUGCGAUCGCGCCUUUGGUACCUCCAGCGCCAGGAUUGUCACCUUAUGAGAGUCUCCCUUACUGGUUGCAUGUUGUCGUUGCCAUCGGAGUCUUCGCAGUCGGAGGGGCUAUAUGGAUAUUCUACGCAGUUGUACUGCCGCGGAGCCGAGGCUAUAGACUCGAGAGUGUGGAAGAAGUGGGUGAGGAUGGUGUCCAGAGGGAUGUGUUUAGGAGAAAGUAUGAGUAA